AUCGAGUCGUGCCGUGUGAUUGUUGACGACCGGGGAAAACCCACGGGGGAAGGCAUCGUGAUAUUUGCCGACAAGAAAGGUGCCACACUGGCCGUCAAGAAGUGUCACGAGGAGUGCUAUUUCCUCACCAGUGCCCUGCGGCCCGUCAUCGUGGACCCCCUUGAGGCCAGGGAUGAAGAGGAAGGGAACCCAGAGAGUUCUAUGCACAAGAAUGAGCAGUACAAGCAGGAGCGCAAAGAGGGCCCCAGGUUUGCUGACAAGGAUUCCUUUGAAUAUGAGUAUGGUGUCCGUUGGAAGCGGCUGUACGAGAUGUACAAGGAAAAGAAGAUGCUGCUGGAGUCUGACCUCCAGGCCGAGAUAGACCAGCUGGAGAGGCGCCUUGCCAUUGUGAAGCACGAGCACGAGACGGAGAAGCUGCGUCAGGAACUGAUGGUCCGAGAGCAGGAGGCCCUACAGAUGGGCCGUGGCAUGUACAUGAAGAGUGGUGGCAAUAGCAGCAGCUACAACUCUGGCUACAGCAGCCUUGGAGGGUACAGCAGCACCUCGGGGCUCAGCAGCAGUUAUGGCAGCCAGGGCGGCGGGUAUGGCACCGGCAGCAGCAGUGGUUACGGGAGCCAGGGUGGAGGUUAUGGAGGAGGAUCGGACCGCUACUCUGGCAUGAGAGGCGACCGCUACAGCGAGUACGACGCGCGGCGGGAUGACAGGUACCCCGAGGACCGGUACAGCAGGGUGCAAGAUGAUCGCUACAUGCAGCAGGACGACCGUUACAAGGCGCCCCUACGCAACAACUACCCCCAGGGUGGAGCCAGAGGCCUGGCAGGCGGGGCGGGUGGCACAGCCUCCCCUGCACCCCCUGCCGGUGCUGGUGGUGCCACUGCCACCCCUGCGCCCGGCAAAGGUCCUAUUGGUGGCAUUGGGAGCCUGGGGGAGCAGCCCUUCCAGCAGGGAGGGGUAAAAAGGGACACCCCUGCAGCAGGUGCUGGGGGGCAGUUCCCACAGCAGCGGCCUGACCAAGCUGGGGACAUGAAGAGAGACGACGUGCCAGGAGGACGGGACAACAUGCCAGGAGGACGGGACAGCAUGCCAGGAGGACGGGACAACAUGCCAGGAGGACGGGACAACAUGCCUGGGGGGCGAGACAACAUGCCUGGAGGGAGAGACAAUAUGCCUGGAGGGCGAGACAACAUGCCAGGAGGACGGGAUAACAUGCCAGGAGGACGGGACAACAUGCCUGGAGGUAACCAGCAAUUCCCACCGGGAGGCAUGAAGCGAGACAACAUGCCAGGAGGAAACAACCAGCAGUUUCCACAGGGAGGCAUGAAACGAGACAACAUGCCAGGUGGAAACAACCAGCAGUUCCCACAGGGAGGCAUGAAGAGAGACAAUAUGCCAGGAAAUAACAACCAGCAGUUCCCACAAGGAGGCAUGAAGCGGGACAACGUUGCAGGAGGGAACCAGCAGUUCCCCCAGGGAGGCAUGAAGCGGGAUGAUGGCCCAGGGGGAGGGCAGCAGUUCCCUCAGGGAGGCAUGAAGCGAGACAUUCCUGGAGCAGGACAACAGUUCCCACAAGGUGGCAUGAAUAGGAACAAUAUGCCAGGUGGAGGGCAGCAGUUCCCACAGGGAGGCCUAGGCCUGGCUGGCAUGAAGCCUGGGGUAGGAAACCAGUUCUCACAGGGGAUCAUGGGCAUGAAGAGGGAUAACAUGCCUGUAGGAGGACAGCAGUUCAACCAGGGAGGGAUGAAGCGAGACAACAUGCCAGGGGGAGGCCAGCAGUUCCCCCAGGGAGGCAUCAAGCCAGGAGGGGUUGGCCAGUUCCAGCAGGGGGGAAUGAAGAGGGAUGCCAUGGCAGCAGGAGGGCCACAGGCAGGAGGAGCGGCAGGGGCCGACAUGAAGCGUCCGCGCUACUAAGCUCCAGAGCUGGACGACUGCUUGUUCUCUGUAGUCAGUGGCUUCCAAGGAGCUUUGGAGGAAGGUCUUCGGAGGCACAGCAACCUCUGAUUUUACACUAUUUUCAGUGACUCUUUUGGGAGACCAUGAUGUAAAAAAUCACGUUUAUUUCUAAUUUUACAUGUUUUUUGCAUAAAUGCAAAGUAGACCUGCCAUGUAUAAAUUCUGGAAAUAAUAGUAUUUACAUGAUGCAAAAUUCCCUUCACACGGUCUUUUCAGGACUUGACACCUAUUUAUAUGUGCGUGUGUUUUUAAGAGCUGUGAUCAGGGAGACGGUCUGAGUGUGAUUUUGAGGCGGAUGUAUUUAAUUGUGAGUCUUGAGACUGUGACAAUUAUUAUAGAUACGGUAAUGUUUUAUUUUAGUACUAAAAACAUUCUGGAACAAAGAAACUUACUGAUUUUAGACUGCCAAUUAACUGUUUCCAAUGCCAUGGUAGCUGCUGCAGGGAAAGUACCAUUUGACACAUGAGACAGUUCAUUUUUUUUAUAUUUUUUUAUAAUAAAUAAUCUAGUGUAUAGAGGAGAGGAAAGUGAUGUGUAGGAUCUCUUUGAUGAAACUUCAAGGUUUAGUUUAUUUUUUUUAAAGUUAGGUAAUUUUUAAGUUUAUUAUAUCACAGGUAAUUGUAAGCAAUGUUGUAAGUGGAAUUUUGUGAGUGGAUUUAAGCCAGUCAAGAAUUGUAAGUACUUUUGAAGCUAUUUAAUUUUGACUAGUGCUCUGUAAUGUCAUGCAUCACUAACAGGGGUAGAAACUUGCUCUCAUUCCCGACAGCCAGCCAGGCGAGUUGAACUCAGUGGUUACUUGAAUUUGCCAAAGGGUGUUUCUUGCCCUGCCAAAAUUUUGAAACACUUCACAUUUGAAUCUCACACUGGCUGAGUAGGUUAACAGACAGCUGCUUAUUUUGACGCUAAAUUGUUCUAGUAUCAAAAGGUAAAUUGUAUUGAAAUUGCAAGUAAACUCUUGUAAACCAUUGUCCAACACAAAUAUAAAGUUAGUUUGGGUGGGUCUGAAACCUCUUGACAGCAGUGCUGCAUCACCCCCAGUAAAUCAUUCUUUCCCUCAUAUGUCACCUUUGUACUACAGUAUUUGAAAUUGUGUAUCAAAUAUUCUGUAUACAAUAAACAAGAUGUGGCAGUGCUAUGGCCCGGGAACUCCCUGAGCAGGCCCCGCCCAAACUGACUUAAUAGCUGAGUCAGACUGUUGCUAGCUUUUAGACUAUGUGAAUGAGAUGCUGAUUGCCUGCCAGGCUAUAAAAUAUCAGCCAAUAUCUAAGAAAAACUUGCUUCUCUUACAUUUUAGUUGUCUUGGCCUGGCCAAUGUGAAUUUCAACCCCUGACUGAUAUAGUAUUUAUAUGCUCUGACAUGAAGUGUGUGGAAGUGUCGGUGUCUGUGUAGCCGUUGUGGCGGGUGGCUGUGAGCAGCCCUGCGAGCUGCUCAUGGGGAGUGUUCUGUGCGAGGCGAGGCCGGCGGUGCUGGGCCGCGCGGAGGCAAGGUCUGUGUUGUACUGACCGUCGAGGGGCAUUGUUGUGUUGGCCAUGCUGGUAUGGGUGACCAAGUUGUGCCCCGGUUGUGUCCAGUACAAAGUUUUGUACAAUAGCCUUUUAUAGUGUGGGCUUGCAGGCCAUCAUAUACAUGAUAUUGUCUUAAUACACGAAAAAAAUAAAUGUUUUAUUUAAGUUUA